AUCCCUGAGAUCAGCGGGCUCUGCUGGGAGCUAGGGUUUGCAGGUGAGUUAAAUUUCAAAAUCUGGAGAACUGGGGACCACUCCCCCCCCGACCCCGCGUCUCUGGAGAACUUAUCACUACAGACUUUUAACUGAAGCCUGUCUAGAAAGAUUUCUUCUUAGACCAGGGAUGCAGAGCACGGCUAAUUACCUCUGGUCACUCAGUGAUGUCCUUGGACAGGGAGCAACUGCAAGUGUGUAUAAAGCACGUCACAAGAAAACUGGUGAUCAGUAUGCUGUCAAAGUGUUUAAUCAUGUCAGUUACCUGCGACCUUAUGAAGUACAAAUGAGAGAGUUUGAAAUGUUACGGAAAUUAAACCACAAGAAUAUUGUGAAACUGUUUGCAGUGGAGGAAGUGGGAGUUACCAAACAGAAAGUCCUGGUGAUGGAGUACUGCGCUGGUGGGAGUCUGCUCAAUGUUCUAGAAGAAUCGGAAAAUGCAUUUGGAUUAUCGGAAGCUGAGUUUCUGAUUGUGCUGGGAAGUGUUGUUGGUGGUAUGAACCAGUUGAGAGAGAAUGGAGUUGUCCAUCGGGAUAUUAAGCCGGGGAACAUCAUGCGAAUGGUUGGGGAUGAUGGUCAAUCAGUCUAUAAACUGACGGAUUUUGGAGCAGCACGUGAACUAGAGGAUGAUGAAAAAUUCAUGUCACUGUACGGGACAGAGGAAUAUUUGCACCCGGAUAUGUAUGAACGCGCUGUACUUCGGAAACCUCAGAAAAAGGCGUAUGGUGUCACGGUGGAUUUGUGGAGUAUUGGUGUGACAUUCUACCAAGCAGCUACUGGCAGUCUACCCUUCAUUCCAUACGGAGGACCCCGCAAGAACAAGGAGAUGAUGUAUAAAAUCACAACUGAGAAACCAGAGGGAGCGAUUGCGGGAGUGCAGCGGAGUGAUUUUGCUCCAGUCGAGUGGAGCUAUGAGCUUCCAGUCAGUUGCAGGCUCUCUAAGGGAUUGAAAGACCUGUUAGUUCCCAUCCUUGCCAGCAUCCUAGAGGCUGAUCAGGCCAAAUGUUGGGGAUUUGACCAAUUCUUUGCAGAGGCCAAUGACAUCCUCCACAGAACGGUGAUCCAUAUCUUCUCACUGCAGCAAGCUACAAUGCUUAAAGUUUACAUCCACUCUUACAACACAAUCAAAGUAUUGUUGGAAGCCAUCUCCAAACAGACUGACAUCUCCCCUCAGAACCAAGAGUUCAUUUAUGAGGGGCAUCGCUUGGAGUUGGAGCUGACUCAACAGGUGCAGCUGCUUCCUAAAACAACUGAGGAUAGGCCCACCAUGCUGGUGAGCACAGAGCCCAAGGUGCCUAUUGGAGUCAUAUACAAAGAGCCUGAGAUACCAGUGUUUCCUCCAAAGUUUGAUAUAAUCAAUGAUGCGAAUCUUUCAAAGAUAGUGAUCAGUGCUGUUCACAAGCUGUUGAGGAUCACAAAAUCUCUGAUGAAAUGUCAGGACUUUAUCCUGCGAGGGACAUACUGGAUACUUGUGAUUUUGAAGGAAGAAUGUAGGAAGAUGCUUCAGCAGUUUAAAACUUUGAAUCUGAAGCUGAGUUUCUGUCAGAACACCAUGAUGAAAAUUCAAACGCUAUAUGAGCUGCUGCCUCAGACAAAUCUGCCAGAAAUGGAUAAUCUUCACAUGAAGCUGCAGUCGGCUCUGGAAUUCUUGGUGACCAGCUCCCACAGUGUUCAAAGCAGUCAGAAGCAACUGGACCUGAUAGCAACCGAAUGGUCGAAGAGCAGUAAUAUACAUCAUGAAGACAGCACAAUUGGAAAAGUGCAAGUUUUACUGGACAAAGUAUUUGCUAUUCACCACCAGCUCAGAAAGGACAGAUUGAAAAUGAAACUUUCAUACAAUGAGGAACAAAUCCAUAAAUUUGAGAAGAUCAAAAUGGGAAUGCACGCAAAGAAGGUACAGAUGUUAGUCAGGGAGGAUUGUGCGCAGAAAUAUCUGAAGCUGUUGGUCUCUAUCAAAGACUGGAUGAGGAUAGCCUGCGAGACCAGAAAGCAACUGAGAUCUUUAAAUAACCAGAGUAUGAAUCUUGGUGAGGAUCUGGAGAACUAUGAAGCUCAUUUGAAUAAGAUAUUAGACCUGGGAGUGCCGAGGCUCCAAGGAGAACAACAAACGGGGACCAAAUUACCAGCUUCGACCGAAUCCUCUGAACAGAAAUGCAUGGAGAUGAUAAUCAGGAUGAAGCAGCUCAAACAGGAAAUGGAAGGUGUUUUGCAGGAACUCGAGCACAACAACUUGAUCAUCGAAAGGCUUGCUGUUCAGAAGCCUCAAGGUGUAUGAGGCUUGGCUGUUGAAGAUGGGAUGCAGGAGGUGAAGAGAAUGUGAUAUUUUUGUGCUGCAACUUUAUAUUUCAUUGCCAUGUUACUUGUAGGAUCAUGCUGUGGCUGAAAUCACACCAAAAACAGGGUGGACGUUCUUAUUAAAGAACAAAGUAACAUCCAGACUCCCUGGGGUAGUUUGUGACCCUGUGAUUGUGUAAAACAAGCAACAGCAAAUCAGCAGCUCAUUUUACAUCUCCCCCAGUUUUACUUCAACAGCUUUAAUGGAAAGAUAAACCAGGAGAACUGUAGAACUGGCUCUCUAACAUCUGUAGAAACUGUUGAACAAAGACACAGUCUACAUCUUUGCACGUAUAAUCUCAUCGGAAACUUUGAUUUAAAUUUGUAUGUAUGCUUAUUUGUGACUCAGUUUGUAGUCCAGUAACCCCAGGAUUGAGACAUUGUGAAUUUCCAUUCUCUCCGGGAUACUCCGGGAACAAUGAUGUAGAAAUUAAACCAAAGCUGCUUGUAUCCGUAAUCAACAAACAAAAGAUUCUGCAAUAUCAGCACCCCAGUGAACCAUCUUCCUCUCUCUCUCUCUCUCCUGUCAACAUUGAGUCAAGCGCAGUAACCCUCCAAGAAAAUUAUCACCUCCCCCUAUGUCUAUUGAAGGGGCUUGAAUCUUGCUGGGCUACAGAUCCACAGACCCUGGCUGCUGUCCAAUGCAAGGUUCACAUGGUCAUUCUGCAUAAAUUUAGACAGUGACUGACAGAGCUAUUCGUCACUGGAAGCUAUCACAGUCGUGUCCUGUCCUCUCAUGCUGCCAGCUCACGUGCAGGAGGCACGUGUUUUGUCCAGUUGCAGCGGUUUAACUGCUUCCUCAGUGUUAUUCAGAUAACUCCAACCAGGAAUCAAACCUGGGGUCUUCCUUGCACCUCAGUUUCACCACGCAAUGCACUGGGGAACAGGAGGGGGCCAUUCAGUUCCUACUCUGCCAUUCAAUUUGAUCCAGCUGAUCUGCACCUCAACUCCAUUUUCCUACCUUUACUCCACAAAGACUCCAGCGGCGGAGUCUUGCUGCCCAUAGUUCCUCUGGUCGCAUGCGGGAGAAAGACUAGGUAUACAUUUUGAUAACCGUAUCCAGUAAAAAAAAAUCUAUCCACCUCAGUCUGAGGAGGUCCAACUGACUCCCAGCAUCCACCACGUUUGGUGAGUGAGAGAAGUCCCCAAAUUUCCAUUCCCCUUUGAAAGAUUUCUUUAUGAUCUGGCUCUAACGUUAAGUUUCUGCCCCCUUGUUCCAGAUUUCCCAUCAAGGAAAUAUACCUCAAUCAGAUGAAUCUUCUAAACACAAGGUAAUGCCGGCCUAGUCUAUGCAACCUUAUGCUCAUAAUUUAAACCACAGCAUUAUUCAGCUGAAUGUGCAAGACUCCCCUCCUAGGCUCAUGCAUCAUUCUUGAAGUGUGAUCCCAGAAUUGAAGGGCAGUUCUCCAAAUUAUGUCUGACCAAGGUUCUGUGCAACUGAAGCAUUAACUUCCUCACUUAUGUAUUCCAACCUCUUUGAAAUAAAGGCCAUUAUUCUGUUA